AGGAGUUUGGAUCGAUGGUUUUACUUCUUGUAUUUUACUUUAACUCUAAACUCUGAGUUAUUUCCUUCGUGUGGGAGUAUUUACCGAAAGAUGGACUCCAGUGGAGGAACAAUGAAUGUGUUAGAUGGCUAUUCUCCUGCCAAGGUGUUUGAGACUCGAUUGAUGGAAGUCCGACAGCAGGAGAAGCAGUCACUGUCUCCAGAGAGAGCUCAGAUGCUUUUUGACGUCUUCGAUCAGGUUCUGCCGCAGCUUGGUAUCUUCAAGAAGGUCCUGGCAAUGGUUCGAGAUGAGCUAUUUGAGGCUGUCUAUAGCGAUCAGUACACAAGCUCCAAUGAGACCCAUACAUCCUACAGCACGGCAACUAAUGUUGUCACCGAUAAGAAGCAAGAAGACCAACGGUACAUUCAGAGGAUUCCAUUCUUCACUUUGGUCCAAAGAGUCUACGCUGAGAGAAAUGAGGAAGCAGCCACUCUUAGAGAAGAAAUUGACGUUUUAAUGAAGCGUCUCUCAGACAAAACUCAGCAGCAUGAAGAUGCGAUGUCAGUCAUUUCCUCUCAGAAGGCUAAGAUUGCUGAGCUCAAAGAUGAGAUCACAGACGCACUGCAGAAAAUUGAAGAUGGAGAAGUUGAGAUGGAGAGACUUCAGCUAGAAAUCGAUGAGCUGCAAGAAGACACAGACAGAGAGAGAGAAAACUUAGAAUUCCAAAGGCGCAAACUCCAAGAAAGAGUAGCUGCCCUGGAGAAGGAGACAGAGUUUCUGACGCAGUACAAGAAAGGAUAUGAUGCACUACAGGAUGCUUUCAAUCUGAAGAUUGAAGAGGACAAAUACACUUCAAGGAAAUCAAAGAGAUCUGUCUUCGCAAACAAAAAGAACCACCUCCUGACCAACUUCGAGUCGGCCAAGAAGAUCGAGACGCAGCUCCUCGAGGUUCAGAAUCAAACCAUCGAGGAGUUUGAGUCCUUCAUGGAGGCUCACAAGGCCGAGCUCCAACACAAGGUCUUCAGGGACACCAACGAGGGAAGUCUGAUGGAGAGCGAUUACGAUGAGGAGGAGAUGGAGCUGGAGAGGUUGGACACUGAGUUGACUACGGCCCAGGACCACUUCCAGCAAACCAUCACCUCCCUGAACACAGAGCUGGAUAUGAUCCGACAACACAAGGAGUCCAUCGAGCAGCAGAUGGAGCACAUCGAGAGGCCCAGGACGAACGGCAAGACGCCCAGCCGCGCCCGCAGUGUCGCCUUCAAGGAGCCUAGUAUCGCCGGUGGGAGCUCCUUAGAAGGAGGGUACUCAUACGGGGAGGAGAAAGUUUCCAGCGCAACUGGAAAAGACUCUGAUAUCUCAGGAGUGGCUGAUAAUUUUGAUAAUAUUGACCUCUUGAGUAGUGAGAUGGACCCCUUCGUACCCCAGGAAUCCAUCCUGAGCAAGUACAGUGUCAUGAUCUACACCUCCACUAACCACAAGAAGACAUGGCACGAACUGAAAGACGCCAAAUUCUGCACCAGUUGUGGAGAAAAGACUGUUUUAUGUCCGCACAAAGUGAACGGUGAGAAGAUUGUCAAUCUACCACACAACUGCUCCCACAUCAAGCUGUCCAGACCAGGGGUACGGAUACCGGUACGAAGGGGUGACAAAUCGGGACUUAAACCUCAUCCACCGCCAAAGCUAAAACUGAUGGCCUCCACUCUCACGGAGUCUGCCGAUCUCCCCGCGUCCGAUCCCGUCGAUAAACGCAUCCGUAGUCGGUACUCCGUCCUAGACAAAGAUAAAGAGGAGCACAUCUUCCAUGGGGAUUCAGUCACUCCUGGGUUGGCUGACAGUACGCCUCCUUCAAGGGCUGAGAAGGGCCAUCAGGAACAACAGCCACAGACGACUGCCUUUGAUCAUCUGUGGGAUGAUUACAAGGAGAGGACAAGUCUUAUAAGAUCCAUCCCCAAAGCUCUUGACAUGAAAAGAACCCUUUCAAUUAUGUCCCAGUUUUACGCUCACAAACUUUGGACGGAUGAACAUGCUCUGGAGGGGGACCAAAUAGUUGGAGUACUUAGUGGUUUUUAUGAUUUCUUAGCGGAGCGUUACAUUCUGAAGGAUGUCAUGUAUUUAUGCGCUCACGACUUUAUAACGGCAAUCAUCGAGUACUCUGUUGUUAAUAAGGCGCUCCAGAUCUUCGCUAACAUCCUUGUGGGCAGUCUUGACGCAACAGUGUUUAGGUAUCUACUCCUCAUCAGUGAUCUUAUAGAUCGAGUUGACUGGAAGUACGUGGAGGAUUUCAAGGCCUUCGCUACAGCCAUAUACCCAUUCCUCAAUGAGGAUGAUAUUGAUCAGCUUCAUCUUGGCUUUACAUCCUUCGGUGAGAAUAAAGUAUCCAAGGCGCUGGUGUGCGAGUACUUGAUGUACGUCAUUCUCAAAUACAGAGAGCCAAGAUUUCAAGAUAUUGAGAGUAAACUGUUGCAACGUCCAGGGAAAGAGCUCGGCUUGAUGAGUGAGAAAGAGUUCUCGGAGGCUGUGGACGCCAUGUCGCCUCUAGUCAACGAGAAACUCCGACAUCGUCUCUUCGUUGAGGCCGAGUUCCAGCACAGUGAGGGUGGGAAGGUGGCUAUCAUGCGUCUAUCACAUAUUGCCAGCUACAUACUAUUACAGCAGGUUGCUCCACUCUUAAGACAAAAAAUAGCAGAGAAAGUUGAAGAUAGCAGAGUGCUUUCUGGUUCGGCUCCAGCUCAAAAUACAACCACUGAAGGAGUGACCAGUCAGAAGGGGGCUGGUCUGGAGGACAUAAUGACGGCCGCCAAGCUCAGAAAUCUCGCAAAAAAUAUCGCCAGAAGAGCUCAGAAUCACAGUAUGCGUCGUUUGGAGGGAAACCUCCGCUAUGACAUGACUGGGAUGUCAGAUGAACUUGAGACGGAGCAGUCCACCUUCCUGCGUCUGAAUUCAGGGAGGGACAUCGACGGGGAUAGGAUCGAGGAGGAAGACGCUCUGGAUGAGUAGCAUUUUGAUUUCCGAGAAAGUAAGCACUAAAUGAAUCAAGACUGUUGGCCAAAAUUCAUAAAGCUGUUAAAGGCAUUGUACAGUGUCGUGGCCGUGCGGAUAA